AUCAGUCCCUCGCAACACAUCGGCAGAAUGAAUUCAGAUAUAGAUCUAAGCUCUGCGGAGUACCAAGAACCCUGCAACACAUUCUCAACGGAUUUCACAACCAUUAAGGUUGCGCCUGUGACAGGUGUGAUCGGUGUGCGUCCCCGAGUUUCAGUGGCCAUUGACUCGCCGUUUUUACCUCGCAUACCACAAUCUCUAGCCCAAAUCAAGGGUCGGAAAGGUGCACCUUCGCACCCAUCCAGUGGCUACGCCUCUCCGUUUUUGCUUCGCAUACCAAGAAAAUUUGAACACAUGAAGGGACGACCAGGUAUAAGAAUGACCCAAAGUCUUUAUCAGAACGCAAGUGAUGCUAUGAACACAAUUAAGCCCAAGGCAUCGCCAAAGCCUCCCAAAAAAGUUGGCCAUGAGCACAUGUUUGAAGCUGAAGUGAUAGACGAGGAAGUUCUUGGACCAGCCGUGGAAGCCCUUGGGUCGGCAGUUGGAGUCCUUGGAACAACUAUGACAUUCCUUGGAGCAGCUACUGGUUCGGAGGAGCAGCAGGUGGUAGAGCCACAAGCCGAGCCGGAGGCGGAGAAUACGCCAGAUAAAAAAGGCAGAUACCUGUGUUCUAUAUCAUAAACUAAACCAAAUAUAUCUUAAAGAAGACACGGAACUGUUGCUGCUGUUGCUUAUAAUACCACAUAGUGGGCUACAAAAUCCUGACAUUGACUUAAAGAACAAACGGAACUGUUGCUGCUGUUGGUCAUAAUACCACAUAAUCAUAAUGUACUACAAAAUCCUGACAUUAACUUUGG